CGGUCCGUGCAUAAGUCCAUCUGUCCGUUAGUCUGUCCAGAGCCAUGGCGAAGCUGACGGUGCUCACCCUCAUGGGGCUGGGACUGGCGCUUUUCAGAGAUCACCGGUCUUCUUACGAAGAACGACUUAAUGCUUUCCGUGAAGUGAAACCUGUGGAACUUCCCAACUGUAAUUUUGUUAAAGGAGUCGAAGCGGGCUCUGAAGACAUAGAGAUACUGCCUAAUGGGCUGGCUUUCAUCAGCUCCGGAUUAAAAUAUCCUGGCAUAAAGAGUUUUGAGCCUGAUAAACCUGGGAAAAUACUUUUGAUGGACCUGAAUGAAGAAGAUCCAGCAGUGUUGGAGUUGAAAAUUACAGGAAGUAAAUCAGAUUUGUCUUCAUUUAACCCUCAUGGGAUUAGCACAUUCACAGAUGAAGAUAAUGCUGUGUACCUGCUGGUGGUGAACCAUCCAGAUUUCAAGUCCACGGUGGAGGUGUUUAAAUUUCAAGAAGAAGAAAAAUCACUUUUGCAUCUGAAAACCAUUAGGCACAAACUUCUGCCUAGUUUGAAUGAUAUCGUCGCUGUGGGACCUGAGCAUUUUUAUGCCACAAAUGAUCACUAUUUUAUUGACCCAUACUUACGAUCCUGGGAGAUGUACUUGGGUUUAGCCUGGUCAUAUGUGGUUUACUACAGUCCCGAUGAAGUUCGAGUGGUGGCAGAAGGAUUUGACUUUGCUAAUGGAAUCAACAUUUCACCUGAUGGCAAGUAUGUCUACAUAUCCGAGUUGCUGGCUCAUAAGAUUCAUGUGUAUGAAAAGCACGCUAAUUGGACUUUAACUCUGUUGAAGUCCCUCGACUUUGACACACUUGUGGAUAACAUAUCCGUGGAUCCCGUGACGGGGGACCUUUGGGUUGGUUGCCAUCCCAAUGGCAUGAAGAUUUUCUUCUACGACCCAGAGAAUCCUCCUGCCUCAGAGGUGCUUCGAAUCCAGAACAUCUUAACAGAAGAACCCAAAGUGAAACUGGUUUAUGCAGAAAAUGGCACAGUGUUGCAAGGCUGCUCAGUAGCCUCCGUGUACAAGGGGAAACUGCUGAUCGGCACCGUGUAUCACAAAGCACUUUACUGUGAACUCUAACAGGACGACUUGCCAGAGUCAUAGAA